UCCUCUCACUCCUCAUCAUGAGCCGCAGGUCGCGCCGGUGGAUAUCACGCAUUCUCCUCUGUCUCGGGAUCAUCUACCUGAAGAUCGGAGGGUUCUCAUCAGUGAUAGCGCUGGGAGCGAGCAUCAUCUGCAACAAAAUCCCAGGACUCGCACCUCGACAGAGGAUCAUCUGCCAGAGUCGCCCGGAUGCCAUUAUAGUCAUAGGAGAGGGAGUGCAAAUGGGCAUCAAUGAGUGCCAGUUUCAAUUCAGGAACGGCCGCUGGAACUGUUCUGCCCUCGGCGAGAGAACCGUCUUCGGAAAAGAGCUCAAAGUGGGCAGUAAAGAAGCCGCAUUCACGUACGCCAUCAUUGCAGCGGGCGUGGCCCACGCCAUCACAGCAGCAUGCACGCAGGGGAACCUGAGCGAGUGCAGCUGCGAUAAGGAAAAGCAGGGGUUCCACGGCCGGGCGGACGGGUGGAAGUGGGGCGGCUGCUCGGCCGAUAUCCGCUACGGCCUCGGCUUCUCCAAGGUGUUCAUGGACGCUCGGGAGAUCAAACAGAGCGCCAGGACGCUCAUGAACCUCCAUAACAACGAGGUGGGACGAAAGGUCCUGGAGCGGAACAUGCAUCUGGAGUGUAAGUGUCACGGCGUGUCGGGUUCCUGCACCACCAAAACAUGUUGGACAACUCUGCCCAAGUUCCGCGAGCUGGGCUACAUCCUAAAGGACAAGUACCUGCAGGCGGUGCACGUGGAGCCGGUCAAAGCCAGCCGCAACAAGCGUCCCACCUUCCUGAAGAUCAAGAAGCCGUUCUCUUACCGCAAGCCCAUGGACACGGACCUGGUGUUCAUCGAGAAGUCGCCGAGCUACUGCGAACCGGACCCUGUGACGGGCAGCGUGGGGACGCACGGGCGGGUGUGCAACAAGACCAUCACGCAUCACUCCAACAGCUGCGACCUGAUGUGCUGUGGGCGGGGCUACAACACGCACCAGUACUCGCGGGUGUGGCAAUGCAACUGCAAGUUCCUGUGGUGCUGCUACGUCAAAUGCAACACCUGCAGCGAGAGGACAGAGGUGUACACGUGCAAGUGAGCGAAGCCGCGCCGAAUCACCUCGGAAUGGCGGUUUCGAUGCUAGCGCUAAUGACGAUAUCCUUUUUACUUUGCACAAUAUAACCACUGGAUGACUUUCUGAUUACUUCCUGGCCUGAGCGACGUCCAUCCCGGUGCAUUCCGAGCACUCUGGCGGGUUUGUUGACCUGCGAGGCCCCGCGGCGUCCGGGCGAGUCUGGAGCUGUCUGAAACGUGUUUAAUGCUCCGCUAUUAAGACUUUUCUCCACCCGCGAUCGAUGAUAAUGAGCGUGUACACGCUCAACAAAACGAGAAUUCAUUUAAAGAAAUGAGUUUUAUUUAUUUAUUCAUUUAUUUUGGCUUGAGAUAUGAAACGUGGGUAGCGAGAGCUGUUUCGAUUCACACUGGAAGCUGAAAAUACUACUGAACACAUUACUACUGAAACCCGACUCACACUGAAACACUCCUGGCAUGCCGGAUUUUUCCUUUGUAGCAACAGCAUGCCUUUUUAUAAAUAAUCUCCGCUCUAUAUUGCUGCUAGUCUGGAUUAUCACGCACAGUGCGCUAGUGGAAUAACUCCUGAUUAAAACCUCGAUGUAUAUUUUUAACCGCAGUAGCGAUAAAAGUCCAGACGAAAUGAACUUUACACUCAGAGUAUAUUUUGUGAAAAGAGUAUUUGUAUUUUUAUAUGAAUGUUUUAUUUAUACUGUCGGUUUUUUCUCCUGUUGGUCGUGCACACUGCCCCUCGGUUCGCUCCCGCGACACUUCUGUGGAAUUAUGGGUGACUUUUACACGGUUCUACUCGCAGAUGUUAGCGCCAUUAAAAUCAACCUAACGCAUUCCAGCGGCUUCGUCUGUUUUUAUCAUCCAGGUGUCGAGGAUUCGCCUCAUCGGGGAGAACGUCUGAGCCGAUCGGGAUGCGAG